UUUUCCCUUUUUUCUCUGCUUCAAAUACGGCAGUGUCGGAAACUUCUGUGGAGUUAUUGGCAUCUUCCUCUAGAUUAAAAAAUAAUAAAAAUUAAAAUUAAAAAAAAAGCAGCUGCAGCCAUCCCUUUCCAACUUGCGUCCUAUUUUGUUCAUUUCCCCUUUCCUCAUUCGCACGCAAACCAGGGUUGUUUGUUUUGCUUUCCCCAACCGUAUCCUGGGCAAUGGGAAAAGUUACUGGCUGGUACCAAGGGUGGCAUUUCGCUUUGCUCGCCGCCCGGACCUGGCUUUUGAUCCUUACUUUUGGCUUUAUCGGAGCAGACAUCACUUGCCGAUCGUGCCGCUGGCAGGUGCAACUCCAGCCGCAGCAACCAGCGCAAGGAUUAUCAAUGAACUUCAGGACGGCACGAGGAAGCGAUGAGGCCGGAGAGGUACCUGUGGAUAAAAGAGGUGAGAAGCCCGCGGACCGCGGGCAGGAGGCGGCGGCUGCCGGGGGUCCAGUCUUGGCUGCUCCUGCUGGGGAGAAACGUGUCGGGAUGGGAUCAAAGGGUAGGAUGGGACCGAGCAAAGUGACCGGCGAGCUCCCAGAAUUUUCCCCGAUCCGCCCCAGACUAUCUCCUCCGGAUGUUAACAGGCCCGCUCGCAAAAAGUUAGCCUCGGUUCCCGCUCGCUUUCCGGCGGGGAGCGGAGGGCGCCGGGGGGCCAACUCGGAGGCCGGCCGUGUGGCCAGAUCGGCGCUCCUGGGCCGGCGGAGAAAUAACCAGAACGAUCGGAGGAGGCGGCCGAGUCGGAAGCCCAGAGGAGCUCCGGCUGAGAGAGACGCGCAGCUGGAGAGCAGGGCACGGGCAGCGCCAGAGCAGCUGCUGGCAAAAGCCACGCGCUUCCGACAGGAAGAACUCAAAUUGACGAGCACGACCUUUGCUCUCACUGGAGAUUCGGCGCAUAACCAAGCCAUGGUGCACUGGUCGGGCCACAACAGCAGUGUGAUUUUAAUUCUGACAAAGUUGUAUGACUACAACCUGGGGAGUAUCACAGAGAGCUCGCUGUGGAGGUCAACCGAUUAUGGGACAACAUAUGAAAAGAUGAACGACAAAGUGGGUCUGAAGACCAUUUUGAGCUACCUUUAUGUCUGCCCAACAAAUAAGCGCAAG